CUGUUAUUAUUAUGGUCAUUAAAAAACUCAGAUUUGUGACCAAGAAUUUUGAUGUAUUGGGUUAUUCUUCGACUUCUCAGUUGUCUGGUCAUCCUACCUUAAUUAAUGAUUCUGUGAUUUUUUCGGUUGUCAGAAGGGUCGUGUUGUAUCCUGUGGUGCCAUUGGUAGCUCAAUUUUUUAGCUCUUUCGUUGAAACAUACGCCUAUAUUAAUCGUGUGGUCUCUUAUCCCCUUUUUUUACUUUGCUUCGUUGGCAUGUCAAUUCAAGGAUUAUUGAAUGCUUUGGUAUUUUCCCAAGAUAUUGCCGUUGCUCGUACUUUCCAAGAUAUUAAACUGCACUGGUGGAUCUCCAUUGUUAACUCUUAUGAGUCUCAUUAUCCUCAUCGAUCUCACAACAAAUCCGUUAUGGAUGAUUUCAGCACGCUAGGAAAAGCUAAUGAUCUUGUUGAAUUGCAAUUUCUAAAUUACAAAAAUGCAGAUAUC